ACCGAAAAAAGCGCGGAAUUGAUAGAGGGGGCAAAAUGUAAAAAGAUCGCCAGCCAAAGGGAAUAUUAUAUAAUUAUCAUCUAUCCCCAAUCCCUAAACAUCUCGAAACCCUAAAAUCGGAAUUUGUCUCUCAUCAUCAGAGAUGGAAGACAAAGGUAGAAAAGCUCAAGUUAAAGAAGGAAGCUCCGUUCUCAAGCGCCCUCGUGACGAGGAGGAGGAGGAGGAUCUUCCAAACUCUGCAGCAGCUUCAUCAGCAACUGCUUCUGCUUCUGGUACCAAAACUGAAGUGAAAGCUAAACGCCUCUCUUUGGAUCCACCAAAGCCUGUAACAGCAGGUUCGUAUGAUGGAGGAGGACCUUUAACCCCAGUGUGGAAACAAGCUGGACAUGGGUGCCUUUUAAGCAGCUUCCAUACGAUGACCCUGAACCAGAGGUGGACGAGGAAGAGGAAGAAGAGAUCGACGAACCAUAUUGCAUGUAUCACAUGGUCGGAGGUCACCUAGUUCUCACAGGCAUUCUUCCUAAAUCCAGAUUUGAUUAGUGUGCUUCUUUCGAGCACUAGCAAACCCAAUUAACCAAUCACCAAUUUCAUCGACUACAUGACAACUUUACUUUAUUAUUCAAAUGUUGGCAACCUUGUGAGCAUGUCUAAUCAACCAAUUAUGUAUUUGUGCUUUCUUAGCUUAAAACACAUUUAUGGAAGUAUUUGAACUAUCUUUUAU